AUGGGCCUCGUACGGAGCAUCGCGAUUGUGGUGCUCAGCAUCUCGCUGAUCGUGUUCGUUGCGCUGUUCGGCCGACUGCCAGCCUUUCGGAGAACGCCGAUCGCCUUUCUACAUCGACUGCUAUGGGUGUACAUUCCCCAUGCCCUGGGCCAGGUUGACGAACGGCUUACCGGCCGACGCAUCACGCGCAGUCUGGCCCGGACGGGGGACUAUCUUAUGAAUGAGAAACACCCGCUUGUGCUUAUCUUCUUCGUGGGACUGCAACUCAUUGGCGAGAUCUUGUUCAUUCCGGCAGCAUGGGAUCGGCUCUCGUUUGCCCAGAUUGCGGCACUACCCCCACUGAUCAUUGCGCCGCUAUGGUUCCUGUACCUAUGCAACGCGACGGACUCGAACAUUACGCCUCAGAACCACCGAUCCGCCAUGCUCGCUUAUCCGUAUGACUUUGCGUUGUUCCACCCGGGGUACUUCUGCUCGACGUGCCGGUUCGCCAAACCCCCGCGCAGCAAGCACUGCUCGAUUUGCAAGGCGUGCGUGCAGAAGCAGGACCACCACUGCAUCUGGAUCAACAACUGCGUCGGACGGGCCAACUAUCUGUGGUUCAACGCCCUGCUGGUGAGCAUUGCCGCGCUCCUCGUCUACGGCAGCCAUCUGGGCUACGGGCUGCUGGACGCGCGGCUUCAGGACCGGCUGGUCCCGCCUGCGCUCACGCGGGGGAGUCUCACGAGCAAGCGGUGGAGCACGCGUCUGUCGUGGAACGAAUACGCGCAUGCCUGGGCGUGGGCCAUCGCUGUGGAGUGGCGCAUUGGGGCUGUCGUCAUGUUGAGUCUCAUGUGUGUGCCCUUGGCGUUCGGCUUCCUGGCGUAUCAUCUGUACCUGAUCUGGGCGGGGAUGACGACCAACGAGUCGUCCAAGUGGAGCGAUUGGAAGGAGGAUAUCCGUGACGGCGUGGUCUUCCGCGCGGAGAUGCAGGCGCUGAGGGAGACGUUCCCGCCCCUGCCGGAGGAUGUGCAGCCUCGGGAUGAGGACGUCAAGUGGCCCCGCGGCGUGAGGGCGCGGUGGUGGCUUGUGCGUACGAGAGAUGGGGAGAGGCCGAAGAGGAGGAAGCUCAGGCGGGACGGCAGUAGGGACGGGAGGCGGAAUAUCCCUGGAAAGAAUGUGGAUGAGAGGGACGGCCUCGAGGAGAAGCAGGAAGAGGUGCCGGAUGACCGAUGGGAGAAGGUGACCAGCAUUGCGCAGGUGGAAAACAUCUAUGACUUGGGGUUCUGGGACAAUUUGCUGGACGGCCUGUUCAAUCGCGCUUGA